CACGUGUGUUUGCCUCGCCUGCCAUUGUCCGUCGUCAUCCCGGUCAGGGCGUGUUCCGGUGCUGCCGGCGUGUUGACAUCGUUCCAGCCGCGAUGCGGAGCCCGCGUCGCGGCUAUCACACCUCGAGUUCACCGUGACGCGGCCGGAAGAAUGGAAGCGUGAAAAGAGAGAGAGAAGGCGAGGUCUUCAACCAUGUCCACGAGCAACAAGGGGAAGACGGCGUGCGAGUCGGUCCGGGUGGUGGUCCGCUGCCGGCCGCCCAACAACAAGGAGGCGACGGCCGAGAAGGGGAGCUCCAUCCUGGAAGUGGACCCCGAGCUGGGCCGCAUCUGCGUGCGGAACCCGAGCGCUCCAGCCGGCGAGCUCGCGAAGGAGUUCGUUUUCCACUCGGUGUUCGGCUGGGGGUCCACCCAGGGCGAGGUGUACGACGACGCCGUCGGGCCCCUGGUAGACUCGGUUCUGCUGGGCUUCAACGGGACGGUUUUCGCCUACGGCCAGACCGGCACGGGCAAGACGUGGACCAUGAGGGGGGUGCCGGGCGACCCGGAGAGGCGGGGGGUCAUCCCCAACGCCUUCCAUCACAUCUUCGCCCACAUCUCCCGCAGCCGGGGCCACAAGUACCUGGUCCGCUCCUCUUACUUGGAGAUCUACCAGGAGGAGAUCCGGGACCUGCUGUUGGAGAACGGCAGAAAGCUGGAGCUGAAGGAGAGCCCCGAGGAGGGCGUCUACGUCAAGGACCUGUCCUGGGUGGUCACCAAGGACCCGGCCGAGAUGCACCACCUGCUCACCCUGGGCGACCGAUCCCGCUCGGUGGGCUCCACCGACGCCAACCGCCACAGCUCCCGCUCGCACGCCAUCUUCGCCGUCACGGUGGAAUGCGGGUCCGAGUCCGAGGACCAGGUCCGGGUGGGGCGCCUCAACAUGGUGGACCUGGCCGGGAGCGAGCGGCAGAGCCGGACGGGCGCCCGGGGCGAGCGGCUGCGGGAGGCGGCCAAGAUCAAUCUGUCGCUUUCCGCCUUGGGGAACGUCAUCUCGGCGUUGGCGGACGGCAAGGGCGGCCACGUGCCCUACAGGGACUCCAAACUCACCCGCCUCCUGCGAGACUCGCUGGGCGGCAACGCCAAGACAGUCAUGAUCGCCACGGUGGGGCCCUCGGAGCGAGACCGCCACGAGUCCCUGGCCACCCUGAGGUACGCCGGCCGGGCCAAGAACAUCAAGAACAAGCCCCGCGUCAACGAGGACCCCGAGGCCGCCCUCCUCAGGGAGUUCCAGAGGGAGAUCGCCAGACUCAAGGCCCUCCUGGAGGAGCGAGGCGCCCUGGCCAGCGAGCGGCGGCAGAGGCGAAGGGACAGCAAGAGACUCAGCAGGGACCUCGCGGAACUUUGGAAGGAGGACGAGGAGGAGGAGGAAGAGGGAGAAGCCAGCGGCGGGCCCCAAAUCACGAGGCGCCACUCCAACGGGAAAACCGACCACAGCCAGUGGGAUCGGGAAGCCGUGGAGAAGAUCAUUGAGAAGUACAAGGCCAUGGAGAGCAAAUUGUUGGAGGGCGGCAAGACCAUCACGGAUCACACCAAUGAGCAGCAGAAGUUGCUGGAGCAGAAGAGGCGCGAGAUCGCCGAGCAGAUUCGCCGGGAGAGGGAGAUGCAGCGGCAGAUAACGCUGCAGGACGAGGAGACUCUGGAGAUGAGGGAAACCUUCUCCUCGCUGCAGCAGGAAGUGGAGAUGAAGACCAAGAAGCUGAGGAAGUUGUACACUAAACUGCAGCUGGUAUGGGCUGAGAUGCGCGACGUGAUCGACGAGCACGUCGCAACCAGACAGGAGCUGGAACAGACGCAGAACCAACUCACGCGAGAGCUCAAGUACAAAUCCCUCUUGAUGGAGAAUUUCGUCCCUCCCGCCGAAAAGAAAAAGAUCAUAAACAGACUUCACUUUGACGCCGAGGAAGAUCAGUGGAGGCUGCUGUCGGCCAUUCCGUCCGAAAGGAGCACUUUCAGUAAGUCAGCCUGGUCAGUGAGGAGCGCUGGUGAGUGGAACUCAGUACCUGAGGAGGUUAAACUGCUUACAACAUACAAGGCCUUCACAAAAAAACUGAAAAUGUGGCAAGUUAACACCUAUAGCUGCCAACACUAACAGACAAGUAUGUUAUGUUGUUUUUUUUGUUAUGAUCAAAACAAUUAUGGUUUUAUUCUCUGUUAAUAGUAUAGUUUGAUUAUGUAUCCUGUAUUAUAUUGUCUUUGUAGAUGUAUUUUACUGCUUUUCUACAUCAUGGCCAGGGGGACUACAGAUGAAAACUAGCCUUCUGGCUAAUUCUGGCUUUUUUAACCAUGUGUACUGCAUGUGUUUUAUGAAAUUGCAUUGUCCCCUUUCAAAAAUAAACUGAUAAACUGAAACGUGGAUAUGAGUCCAUAGAGGCGAUGAAAGUCGUUAUGUUUUACCCCCAAAAAUGUGCUACCAUAUCAGACAGUUGGUAUUACUAUCAUGAAAAAAAUGCAAGUGCGGCGUUGUUGGAGGUGCCGGAUGCAAUUAUGACUAGCGAUAAAGUGGUUUGGUUUUCCCUCAUAAAAUUAUAAUGUCUUUUAUAAUGUUUCAACUGGUUAGUAUUAUCGUGUCAAAAAAAAAAAAAUGUUGAUGCUAGAUGCAGCUGUGACUCCCUUAAUAAGGACGAAAUAGUUUACAAUUUAUUAAUAAACUGUGUCGUGAAAACAAUAUGCAUGGUGCAUUUCAGUCAGUUAAUAUUAUUGUGUCAUGAAAAUAAAAUGUGGAUGUAGAAGUGCGGUGCCGGUUGCGGAUGCUACUAUGACUUCAUAAUACGGAUUAGACCGUUUACAGGUUACCAAUAUACUGUACUGUGAUAACAUCCAGAAACAGAAUUUUUUUUUUUCGUAUUAUCGUGUCAGAAAAGAAAUGCGGAAGUGGUGGCGCUGGAUGUUUUGGUGCCGGAUGCAGCGGUACUGGGUGCAGAUGCGACUAUGACUUUAUACGAAAGAUGAAACAGUUUACGGUUUAAUCGAUGAUUAGUGUUGCUAAAAAAUGUGAAUGUCCCAUGCUGAAUGCAGCCGUGCCGGAUGUGCAGGUGCCGGAUGCAGAUAUGACUUCAAUAUAAGGAUGAAAUGGUUUACCAUAAAAAAAAGCUUGAUAACGUUUCAUGUGGUUGCUAUUACCAUGUUGUGGGGGGGAAAAAUGCCGUGUAUGAUUUCUCAAGUGUUGGACAACUUAAUACACAAUAUGAUUUUUCUCCCUACUUAU